CACAGAAUGCGGCACAGCAUGAUGGAUUGCAUAAAGUGGGGUUUCCUAUUGGUUAAGAGGUCACCUUCUCUCCCGGGGCUCGUGCAAGGAAGUAGGUAGUCCAGAGAAACUCAGAAAGUCCAGAGAAACUCCUUGAGGAAGAGGGUGUCGAUCAGUCUAGCUCCAUGUCCGGCACCUUUCGAACACACUUGCAAAACGGUUUCUGUGGAGUUGGGCCAAAGCUCAGCAAUUGAGAGCCCCUUAGCAAUGAGAGAUUUCUAGUUGGACAGCUACACUUCACCUGUAUCUAGGCGGAAUUCAUCACCCAUUGCUCCUGUGCAAGCAGCACACCAUAUUGCCACAUGUUCACGCAACUUGUCACGUAUGCAGUCCUGCCACAACAACAGCCGCGCCUCGUAAGCAAAAGACAAUUACGUAUAGAGACAUAGCUCCUUUUGUGGGGGAUGGUGGCACAGGGCCACGCUUCUCAAAGGAACUGAGCAGACAUGAUUGCUGCUGGCCCCCACACCGAGCUGGGUUUGUCAAGCCAAAAUGGUGGGUGCUUGGACAGCGGGGAAUCUCCCCUGCUUUUGAAGCCGCAGGAGAGCCUCACUCCGACAUCGCAGCUGGGAGGGGUGUCUCUACUGGGGGGGGAGCUGAACAGGUUGAGCAUCCAGUCAUUGGGGGAACAUGAGCGAGGGGACGGCGCAGAGGUCUGCAAAGAGCAAGAAGCACAGCGACUGGCUGAGCCCAACGGUAGCGCUGCUGCUGCUGCGUGCGGCAAAGCCGGCAGGAAGGAGGCGGGGACCGCAAGGCUCGAGUGGGCUCUAUCUCCUCGGCAGCACAACGGCAAGCUGGAAAACAGCAAGGGCUGUAAGAGGGCUAGCGUGCCGCAGGAAUUCGAUCCGUCCAAAGAGAACGUACAGCAAAAGCAGACGCUGCAAAAGGCCGCCAUGCAGCCUGCCACGUGCCCAUUCUCCGGGGAGCAGGACGGCAAGCGACGCAGCCCACAGAAGGUGCUGGAUGCGGUGGUGGGCAAUUUGCAGCAGCGGAGUGCGGGCCAUAUGCCGGCGGCGCCAGCGGGCUGCGGUUUUCAUUACAGGCCUGUUGCUAAGGAACAGGACCCUCCCUCAUCGCCGACGUUCGACCGCGAGUUGCACGAGCUCCUCGACGCGGCGCCGGACGGGAUUGUGAUCAUGAAACUAGACGGGCGGAUCGAGCUCGCGAAUCUGCAGCUGCGCACGUCGUUUGGAUACGAAGAGAAAGAGCUGCUGGGGCAGGAAAUCGAGAUCCUGAUUCCGGAACGGAGCCACACGUACCACCGCGCGAAGCGGCAGGAGUACGUGCAGUCCCCGCAGAACCGGCCCAUGGGCGAAGGAACGGAACUCUCCGGGCGGCGGAAGAACGGAACGGAGCUGCCGGUGGAGAUCAGUCUGAGCCCGCUCAAGUUCAAGGACCGGCGCUACGUCAUCGCGAUCGUGCGCGACAUCACCAGCCGCAAAAUCACGGAGUCCGCUCUCACCGCGUCGCAGGCCAAGUCGCAGUUUCUGAGCAACAUGAGCCACGAGAUCCGCACGCCGCUCAACGGCGUCAUCGGCAUGGCGGAGCUGCUGCAGCUGACGCCGCUCGAUGCGCAGCAGGAGGAGUACGUGCGCGCCAUCCAACGGUCCAGCGAGUCGCUGCUGCUACUGAUCAACGACAUUCUGGACGUGACCAAGAUCGAGGCGGGCAAGUACGAGAUCCGCCCCGCGCCCUGCGACCUCGCCACCUUGCUCGAGGACGUGCGCUCGUACCUCGCGGCCGUGCUCGCCACGGACCCCGACCGUGACGUCACCUUUGAGGUGCAAUCGGUGGGGCCGUUCCCGGUGGUGGCGGACAAGAACCGGCUGCGGCAGGUGCUGUUCAACCUGGCGAGCAACGCCGUCAAGUUUACGCGCGCGGGCUGCAUCCGCGUCACCAUGGAAGUCCUGGCGGAAACCCCCGAGAGCGCGCGCGUCAAGAUCGCGGUCAGCGAUACGGGAAUUGGGAUCAAGAAGAGCGACUGGGGGCGCAUCUUCCGGACGUUCUCCCAGCUGGAUUCCGCGGACAACCGCGAGUACAGCGGAACCGGACUCGGGCUGGUGAUCUGCAAGAGUCUGGUGGAGAUGAUGGGCGGCGAGAUCGGGUUCGAGAGCGCGGCCGGCCGCGGCUCGACGUUCUGGUUCACGUCGCUCGCGAGCCGCGACCCCAAAGCCCUGAAACCCGCGCGCGAGGCGGACGAGCCGGAGCGCGUCGGCGCGCCGCCGCGCGGCCGCGGGUUGGAGAUCCUCGUCGUCGAAGACAACGCGAUCAACCUGAAGAUCAUUACGAAGAUGCUCGAGGGAAUGAACAUGCACGUCGACGUGGCGAUCAACGGGAUCCAAGGCGUGGAGGCGGCGAAAAGAAAGGAGUACGAUCUGAUCUUCAUGGAUCUGAACAUGCCCAAAAUGGACGGUUACCAGACGACGCGCGAGGUGCGCAAGAGCGGCGCGGAGUGCCCCAUCAUCGCAUUCACCGCGAGCGUGUUCGAAGAGGACGUCGUGCGCUGCAUCGAAGCGGGCAUGGACGACCACCUGGGCAAGCCCAUGACGACGCUCGCCCUGAAGGCCAUCUUGAACAAGUGGCUGCCCAAGAGCCCCUAGACCCUCCACGUGGCAGCCGCAAGCGUAGUUACGCGCAGCCGUGUUGUGUGACUCGGGGCUACUUACUGGUAACGGGACAAACUGAUCGAUGCGCGCGAAUGAAGGGCACGCAGCAGUGUAACAAACUAACCUUGCCGGGUCGGGUUAUCUUGUGAGUUAAGUAGUCAAAAGCUGGUUAUAUUGUGGGUUAAUUGGUCAAAAGCUGGUUAUAUUGUGGGUUGAGUAGUCAAAAGCUGGUUAUCUUGUGGGUUACAAGUCGAUUAUCUUGAGGGUUAAUUAGUCAAAAGCACCUCUGUGGUCUAGUAGCCAAAAGCAGUGCGUGUACAAAUUCUGAUGUGUAAUACAAAGAAGGCGUUUCAGCAUAAAGGUCUGGGGCGUAAAGAAACUUAGGUUGCUUAUGGGAUGGAUAUGGACGGUGCUUGGAGGAACCGAGUCGGCAAGGCGCCUUAAGCGAGCCGCUGUAGUUGGAGGUUGUCUCUGCAAUCAGCUUAAAUGGCUCUAUCAAGAGCCAUCCCUCCUUGGAAGGAAGGUGAAACAUACAUUAG